CUCCCCCCACUUUCUUCUCGUCAUACCUGAUAAUUCAUAAAAACACAAACUUUGCUCAUCAUAUUCAUAACUCAUUUCUCUCACCGUCUUAUAUAACUUUCUUCAUCCCAUACCCCAUAUUUUUGUUUAUCAUCGUCAGAUCAUUAUCUUCAAAUAGUAACGCAUAUUGAGCAAUAAAGUCACAAAAAUUCCAUCCUACACAAAUUAUCAUUAUUAUUAUAAAAAAAAAAGAGAGAAAACUCAAAACGCAAAACUCCACUAUAAAUCAAAAAAACACAAAGGUAGAGAAUAGAGAGAGAAAAAAUGGGAAUAAUGGAACAUGGAGCAAGAAUAAUAUUAGAAGAGAAUGAAGAAGAAGAGAAAAAGAAGUGGCCAAUUUGGUUAAUACCACUUCUUAAAACUAGUUUUUUUGGACAAUGUAAAAUUCACCCUGAUGCUCAUAAGUGUGAAUGCAAUAUGUAUUGUUUAGAUUGUAUGAAUGGUGCUCUUUGUUCUGUUUGUUUAUCUUCUCACAAAGACCAUCGCGCUAUUCAGAUAAGGAGGUCAUCGUACCAUGAUGUUAUAAGAGUAACGGAGAUACAAAAGUAUGUGGAUAUAACUGGAAUUCAAACAUACAUUAUUAAUAGUGCACGUAUUGUGUUCUUGAAUCAAAGGCCACAACCUCGCCCUGGAAAAGGCGUUACCAAUACUUGUCUUGUUUGUCAUCGGAGUCUUCUUGAUUCCUUCUCCUUUUGUUCCCUUUCUUGCAAGAUAAAUGGGACAUCAAAAAACUUUUGGACUGAGAAGAAGAGGAGGAUCGAGGAGACAGGACACGCGAAUUCAGACUCAGAAGAAUCCUUGAACAAUUACUAUGAUGAGAAAGGGGGUAUUGUUUAUAAUUAUAAUUACAGUUAUAAUUAUAAGAAGAAGCUGCAGAGUUUUACCCCAUCCACACCACCUAGAACCACAUCCUCUGGUUCAGGUUCAGGCUUAGAUGGGGCUAAAUACCGGUCUGCCAAGCGCAGGAAGGGUGUGCCUCACAGAGCUCCUCUUGGAGCACUUCUCAUACAAUACUGAAAAACUGCAUGCUAAUGCAAUAUAAUUACCGCGGCCAGCUACCUCGCCAUAUCAAUUCGGUGCUUGGUAAUGCGAAACUAGUUAAGGUGGCGCGUGUACGAGGGCACUCUGUAUAUUAUUACACAAAGCUAGCAGCAUCAGGUACUGUCUUCUGGGUACGGUAUAUGUACAUAUAUAGGUAGUUAGGAAAGACUUAUACAUAACAAUAGAAGCAACAAAUAUGGUAAGAGCUUGUGCCUUAUUACACAGGUUUUUAUUUUUCUUUUGGUAUACACAAAAGUAUAUAUGUGGGGAGGAGAUCUUUGAUGUAAAUGCCUAUGUAUGUCAUGUAACUGUGUAGGUAUGCUAAUAUAGUAAUAAUGAAGGAAAGCUGGAAUGAAUGCUAAUAUAGUAGUAAUGAUGUAAAAUUAUAGUUAUAUGGAAUGAAGUAUGAAGUUUGUAUAAAGUUGAUAUAUAUGAUGAAAGUAAAACUUGUUAUUUGA